AUGAAGGCAUUAUCACUAUUUAGUUCAAGGCAUUCAUAUUUAAAAUAUAUUGCAUUAAUAUUGACAUUAUUAGUAAUUUAUACAUUAACUCAUGGUAGUCAAUUAAAUUUACAAAAUGAACAAAUUCAACAACAACAACAGCAACAACAACAGCAACAACCAAAAGAUAUAAAUAAAGAGAUACCACCACCUCCCCAACAACAACUAAAUGAUCAACAUAUUCAAACACCAGAAAAAAUUGAAACACCACCAAAUGUACAAGAAAUUAUAAAUAAAGAAGAAAUUAAAGAUUAUAUUAAACAAUCUGAAAAUUUACCAAAUCCAAUAAAAGAUACUCAUCAAUCAUCAUCAUCAGAAAUAACUGAUAUAACAAACAAAAUUAACAUCAACAACAAUAAUCAAAUAUUUGAACAAUCUUCACCACAAAAAUCAGAAAAAGUUAAAGCAACAUUUGUAACAUUAGCUCGUAAUUCAGAAUUAUAUGACUUAAUUAAAUCAAUAAGAACAGUAGAAGAUAGAUUUAAUAGAAAUUAUAAUUAUGAUUGGGUUUUUUUAAAUGAUGAAGAAUUUACUCAAGAAUUUAAAGAUUUAACAAGUUCAAUAGUUAGUGGUAAAACAAAAUAUGGUAAAAUACCACAAGAACAUUGGUCAUAUCCUGAUUUUAUAGAUUUAAAAAAAGCAGAAGAUUCAAGAAAAAAUAUGAAACAACAAGGUAUAAUUUAUGGAGAUUCUGAAAGUUAUAGACAUAUGUGUAGAUAUGAAUCUGGAUUUUUUUGGAGAUCUGAAUUAUUAAAAGAUUAUGAAUACUAUUGGAGAGUUGAACCUGGUAUUGAUAUAAUGUGUGAUUUAAAUUAUGAUUUAUUUAAAUUUAUGAAAGAUAAUAAUAAAUUAUAUGGUUUUACUAUAUCUAUUCAUGAAUUUGAAAAAACUAUACCAAGUUUAUGGGAACAUACUAAAAAAUUUAUAAAUGAUAAUCCUCAAUAUUUAGCUCAGGAUAAUUUUAUGGAUUUUAUAUCUGAUGAUAAAGGUAAAACUUAUAAUUUAUGUCAUUUUUGGACAAAUUUUGAAAUUGCUUCAUUAAAUUUUUGGAAAUCAGAAGCUUAUACAAAAUAUUUUGAUUAUUUAGAUUCAACUGGAGGAUUUUUUUAUGAAAGAUGGGGUGAUGCACCAAUUCAUUCUAUUGCAAUAAGUUUAUUUACUUCUAAACAAUCCAUACAUUAUUUUGAUGAUGUUGGUUAUAGACAUGGAGUAUAUGGACAAUGUCCUUUAAAUGCUCAAUUUAGAUAUGAUAAAAAAUGUCAUUGUAAAGCUGAUGAUGAUUUUACUUUUAGAGGUUAUUCUUGUGGUAAAAAAUAUUUUGAUAAAAUGGGAUUAAAAAAACCAGAUGAAUGGGAAUCUUAUCAAUAA